AUGCUAUCGCCCCGCAUUUCCGAAGAAGCAAAAAGCAGUUCCACAGAGACUGUCCCUGCGGUAGCAUCCAGUCGUACGUCUGUAGAGCCCGAUAGUGGCACCGCAAAAGACAAGAGGUCUUUCUUUAGUCGAUUGGUCGCCCCCAAGAAGAAAGAUGUUGACUCUUCCGAAAAUAAUGAGAAGGAGUCGGAAGCAGGCGACAAAAGGGCGGAAGGAAUGGAUGCAGCGGUCUUCUCUCAGCCGAUAGGAUAUGUCCCCCAAUUCCCGUCCCCUCCGAAAUACGUCAAAGUCCGCUCGCAUGGCAAGAAGGAGCGGAAUUUCAAUCGAGUCUUUCUUGCGCAAGAAUUAAGAGGGAGAACUGGGGUGGAAAUUGCACAAAGUGGGGGCAGGUCUGUCAAGAGUGCGGCACCUGGUUUGGACGCAAGAAAAGAUGGCGACGCUAUUUGGGCUAUGGAAUUCUCAAAAGAUGGGAAAUACCUUGCUGCCGGUGGCAAAGACUACGUUGUGAGGGUCUGGGCCGUGCUUUCGAGUAGGGAAGAGCGACAGCUACAUGAGAGCGAAGAGAACAAUGCCACCAAUGAUAGCCAACGGGUCCAUCUCAACGCCCCCGUCUUUCAAAAACGAACUGUACAAGAAUAUUCUGGGCAUACCGCAAGCAUUCUCGAUCUCAGCUGGAGCAAAAAUUCUUUUCUACUUUCGUCUUCCAUGGAUAAGACCGUCCGCUUGUGGCACGUUAGUCGGCAAGAGUGUCUGUGUUGCUUUAGACAUCAAGAUUUUGUUACCAGUAUACAAUUCCAUCCGCGGGAUGACAGAUUCUUUCUUGCUGGGUCCCUUGACUCCAAAUUGCGACUGUGGAGUAUUCCCGAUAAAAAUGUUGCCUACUGGAACACGUUGCCCAAUCUCAUCACCGCUGUGGCCUUCUCCCCAGACGGUAAAACGGCUAUUGCUGGCUGCUUGAAUGGACAGUGUUUAUUCUAUGAAACGGAGGGGCUCAAGUACUCUACGCAAAUGGCAGUUAGAUCGGCUCACGGGAAAAAUGCAAAAGGCAGCAAAAUUACAGGCAUUCAGGCCAUUACUUAUCCACCGGACGACCUCAAUGGAGAGGUCAAGCUUUUGAUUACAAGUAAUGACUCUCGAGUCCGUGUCUACAAUUUGAGAGACAAAAGCCUCGAGCUCAAGCUCAAAGGCAACGAAAAUUCUUGUAGUCAGAUCCAUGCAACGUUUAGUGACGAUGCAAAGUAUAUUAUCUGUGGAAGUGAGGACCGGAGAGCAUACAUUUGGCCUACGAGCCCUGCAGAAAGCGAGAAAGAUAAACGAGCAGUAGAGAUGUUCGAGGCUCACCAGGCCAUCGUCACGGCUGCUAUCAUGGCCCCUAUCUGUACCCGACAGGUCUUAAGUGCAUCGGGUGAUCCUCUUUACGACCUUUGCAACCCACCACCUGUGACUCUCAUCAGCCGAUCACAGUCGCAUGUCUCCUUGAGUCCGCCAUCAGAAGAAGCUCCACAACCCAGUCUUACUAUGCCCCCAACGCCGGCGACUGCUGACUUCACUAAAGCUAUCAAGCCCGAGGAAUCGCCUUCGUAUCUCUCAAGAACUUCCCAUCCCAAUGGCAACAUUAUCGUCACCGCAGAUUUUCGGGGCGUCAUUAAAGUUUUCCGUCAAGAUUGCGCGUACAAAAACAGAAUGCGCAAUAAUGAUUCGGCAUUGUCUAGGAAAAUGUUGGGUAGGACGAAUUCUGUAGCAACAAAGGGCAGCACUCGCUCCGGCUCGCGCAAUUCUCUCCAAUUAAAUCAUCCGUCAGACCGGAUACUGUCAUGGAGACAGUCCAUCAACAAUACGACAAGCAGCUUUGAUAGCUUUCGACACAAUAGCACCGCCAGCGCCCAAACCCGGUCAAUAUCGCCUCGAAAGUCCGUCGGUCAAGUAUCUCUUCACUCUACUUCACGCCAUCCGAGCCAGACGACUCCAGCUUUGCCCAAUGGCUCACCCCAGGCCAGUCCACUACAGCCGUCUCCGCCAGAACUCAAGGGCUUUCCUGCGUCCGGACAGAAAAGGAAGCCCUAUGCAGCUAUCCCAAAUAAGGAUGGAGCAAUGGAUCCACUCAUGCUUCAAGGAGACCAAAGCUACAUGUUCUGGAAUCAACAGACGUACAAAGACCAAGCCGCAAACGCUUCUCACCUUGACCCAUCAAAAUAUGACUACUCUAGCACGGCUGGUAGUAGCACUGGCAGCGUAGCCAGCCCUGGGCAUGAUGCAAGCCACCUUGGAGCACCCGUUGGCCGCGAGAUUACAAAUGCAUCCAGGUUGAGCAGUGAAGAGAAUUCGGAAGCUGAAGGGAGUAGCGGCGAGGGUGCAGAAGUUGCGUGUACCAGAUGUGGGGGGACUGACUUCAAGGCACGCAUUGAAGGGGCACGGAAACAGAUUCUGGUCUGUAACAAAUGUGGUAAUUAUAUUUGA